UACUACAUACUAUCCUACAAAAUGACAGAACAAGCAUCGUUUCAGUCCGGCGCCAACCUCAACUCUCUCGGACCAGCAAAUCUACGCCAACGACCACUCGGACGAGCAACCACAUUCUCAGAGGCUACUACAACCCCGUCAAAAUUCAACAGACGCAACUCGGCAAUCUCAGACACCGUUUCUGAAGCGCGGCAAUCAAUUCGCGAUUCAACUGAUGAGCUACUGUUCCCGCGUGCCAAAGCCACAGUGAGCCCUCGAUUGGCAGAAGCGCAUCAUGAUUCUCAUUGGCAAUCUGCGCCGUUAGCGUUGGCUUUGUUGCCGGCUGUGGGGGGGUUGUUUUUCAAUAACGGGAGUGCGUUUGUGACGGAUGCGACGUUGUUGAUUUUGGCGGCUGUGUUUUUGAAUUGGUCUGUCAGAUUACCGUGGAAUUGGUAUCGUUCGGCCCAAGAGAUUCGUCGACCGCUUCCGGACACCUUGCAUGGCGACGAUGGGACAAUCGUCGAGGAAGACGAUGGAGAAAGAGAUGAAGGCGACAAAACGACAAAAAAAUCAACAGAGCGAAGGAGUAUAGAACAGGCCAACCAAUCAGCUAUCAAAGAGCUCCAUAUCCAUGAACUCGCAGCUCUGAUAUCCUGUUUCGUAUUUCCAUUGAUCGGCGCAUGGCUACUACACGGUAUUAGAGGAGCGUUAUCACGCCCAUCAGAGGGUCUGGUCUCGAAUUACAAUCUGACUAUAUUCCUUCUUGCGGCUGAGAUACGUCCCUUUGCGCAUUUGUUGCAAAUGGUGCAGGGUCGUACACUUUAUCUACAGCGCGUGGUGGCCGAAGCAGCGGAUGAAGAAGAUGAAGAUAGAGAGAUUGAUCACAACAAGAUCUUAGAUCUUGCUGCGCGCUUGGAAGAUUUGGAGGCGUAUGUAGCGGAUAACGCCGCGACGAAAAAAGGCUCAAACUCGAACUCAAAACAAGCCACGACAGGGGAAACUUUAAAACCAGAGCUUCUAUCACAAAUUAUAAACGAAGUCCGACAUAGCAUUCAACCAGAAAUGGACGCUCUUAACCGCGCAAUACGUCGCUACGAGAAAAAAACGGCUCUAAUGGCCUUUCAAACAGAGACACGAAUGAACCAGAUCGAAGCUCAAGUCGGGGAUGCAAUUGCCCUUGCAGCUGCAGCUCAAAGAUCAGCUGCGGACAACCGUCAGAGUUUUGUGUUUGCCCUGCUUGAUUGGAUGGCUGCUGUGGUAGUUGUGCCGGUUAGAGUGUUGAUGCAGCUUUUUUCGUUACCUGGGAAGAUGGCCUCGUUUUGUGUGCAGGAGGCCACUCUUCUUGUUUUGGGUGGUGGGAAACGGAGGCUUACUAAGAUCAACAAGGGCAAGCAGAUGCAGAAGCCGUCGACAAUGACUGAGAAGCGGUAUUUAGGUGGCUCUUCGCAAAGUGCUGUGGUUUCAGGGAUUCGGCCUGUGAAGAAGGAGACAUAA